AUGUAAUAAUAAGAAAAAAAUCGAGUUUAUUAUGGAAGGUUUGUCUAGAAAGAGAAACUAAGUGCAGGUAAUAUAUAAUUAUAUAUAAAGGUUCCUUUGGAGUUGUUUAUAUUUGUUAAGACAAAGUUUCUAGAGAAUAUGUUGCUCUAAAAGUAGAAAAAGAAAAUGGUAAUAUGCUAAGUUUAGAGAGAGAAAUAUAAAUAAUAGAAGAAUUAAGAGGAGUUUAAGGUAAGAUAAUUAAAAUACUUGUAGGAAUCCCUAAACUCUAUUGGUAUGGUAAUGAAUAUAAUACUAAUUGUAUGGCCAUGUAAUUACUGGGUAGAGAUCUCUCUCAUUAUUUAAAGAGAUUUAGAAAGUUCUCUCUAAAAUGUGUAUGUAAUUUGGCAGAACAAAUACUAGACAUAAUUGAAGAAGUUCAUAAAAGGUAAUCAAUAAUCUUGAAAUUUAAGAGGUGUGAUCCAUAGAGAUAUUAAACCAGAAAACAUUCUUAUGGGUAGAGGCAAUGAUACUAAUUCAGUUUAUCUAGUUGAUUUUGGCAUAUCUAAAAAAUAUAAAACCAAUGGACAACAUAUGUAAUUUUCUUCUUUAAUCUUAAGUCCAUUUUAAGAACAAAAACCAUUUAUGGGUACUACUAGAUAUGCAAGUAUUCCAGCACAUAAAGGAUAUGAAUUAUCAAGACGUGAUGAUUUAGAAAGUUUAGGAUAUGUCUUUAUAUAUCUUUUAAAAGGUAAUUUACCUUGGUAAAAUAUUACUUCUUCAUCUGAUAAAGAAAAAACUAAAUUAGUUGGUAAACUCAAAAUGGAAUUAGAUAGUAAGGAUUUAUGUAAAGGUUUACCAAUUGAGAUUUAAAGAUAUAUGGAUUAUGUUUAAAAACUUAAAUUUACUUCAACUCCAGAUUAUAAAUAUUUGUUUAGUUUAUUCUAAAAAAUUGCUUAACAAUAAGGAUUUUAAUUAGAUCGAAAAUUUGAUUGGAAUGAUUAAUCAACUACUUCUACCAAAUCUUCAGAUGGAUAACAACCAAGAUUAUCUGGUAAAGAAUUUGAACUUGCAUCAGAUGAUGUAUUUAAAAUUUCAGAGAAACCUGAAAAAAAAAAUAAAUUAUGUGAAUCAAAUCUUAGUCAACAAUCUUCUGUUAUGUUAAAUUAUGUACCCUCUGUAAUUUAAUAGAUAGGUGGCAGAUUUGGAUAAAAAUCUACUGGGUAUUAUAUAUAUAUUUAUUGAGUUAAGUCGUUCUAGAUAAAAUUCAAGAUAAAGCUCUUUUUCAAGAGAAUCAUCUCUAAUGAAACAAUAGACUGGUUAAACUAAAAAAAAGGAAGGAUAGUUAUAAAAAGUAGGAUAAUUUCAAGACUUUGAAGAUUUAGAAAUAUAAAAAAAAAUACCUAAAUAAAAAUAAACUGACUUUUAAUUAGAUGAUUUUGGUGAUGAUGAUGAUGAAAAUCUAGAAUCAAAAUUGAAAUAAUUUGAACAGAUUCAAGUCCAUUUUAAAGAGCAUCUUUCAAAAUCUUGAA